CCCCCUCCUCGCCCCCCACCGUGAAAAAUGGCGACGGGGGCAGGCUGGCAGCCUCCGUACUCCAGCGCGAGCGGCAACACCAAAUACAGCGUCGCCCCCUCGCCGGCGUUCAGCAUGUUCUACGACGGGACGCUGACGCUGGAUUACAGCCAAGACCUGCACCUGAAGAUGAGCAAGAAGAUAGCGCAGCUGACCAAGGUGAUUUAUGCCCUCAACACCAAGAACGACGAACACGAGGACGAGAUCGAGUCUCUGAACGAAGCCCACGAGGACGAGGUCCAACACAUUGUGACCGAAACCAGAGACAAGAUCAUGCAGUACAAGAGUAAGAUGGUGGACGAGGCCGACCUGAGGCGGCGGCUGGCCAGUCUGGAAGAAUCUGUCGAGCUCCACGAACACAUGAAGAGACAGGCGUUAGCCGAGUUUGAGAUGUACAGACAGAGGAUGGAGGAUUCGCAGCUGUGCACCGAGGCCCAGCACACACAGAGGGUGGUCUCUAUGAGCAGAGAGGUGGAGGAGAUGCGUCGGGAUUUUGAGGAGAAGCUGCGGACGUUCAGCCAGACUCAGGCCCAGUUUGAGGCGGAUAAACGGCGAGUGCUGGAGGAGCUGAGGUCCACCUACCGCCAGGAGGUGGAGGAGCUCCUCAGCAACCAGCAGAACCACAGCGCCACCUCCACCGAAGACCAGGAGAAACUGGCCGAGCUCCACAGACAAGAGGUGGAGGCAUUGAUGGAGCGGGUGGAAGAGAUAACGAAGGAUAAGGUCCGUCUGGUGGAGGAGUACGAGGCCAAGCUGGGCAAGGCUCAGGAGUACUACGAGAGGGAGCUGGAGGCCAUGAGGAGAACACACCAGCUCACCACGGAGAACCUGCUGGCCUGGAAGAGGACCGAGGUGGAGCUUCGCAAGGAGUUCCAGGCUCAGGAGGCGGCGCUGCAGCGCUCGCUGUCCAAGCUGAGGAGCGAGCUCCAGAAAGCGCACGAGGAGGCCCGAGAGAACCGAGACAAGACCAACAGGCUGCAGACGUCGCUGGCCAAUGCAGAGGGAACCAUCAAGAACCUUCACAAGCAGCUGGAGGAGGCCAUCCAGGACGGAGAGAUCUGGGUGAUGCAGCUGAAGGACACGGAGUACGAGCUCGACGGCAGCAGGGAACGAGUUCAACAGCAGGCGACUGAAAUCCUCCAUAAAGGCAGUCAGAUCGGCUCCUUGCAGGCCACCCAGAUGUCCCACGACGCGACCAUCAGGAACCUGGACCAGGAGCAGAGCCGGCUGAAGGACAAGCUCAGCCGGCUGGAGGAGGAGAGGGAGGCUCUGCUCAACCAGAGCCAGUCCUCUAACGAACAGCACAAACAGCAAGUGCUGAAACAAGAACAGUCUCUGCGCGAGGAGCACCAGGGUUACGAGAAGGAGCUGUGCAGGCUGAGGGCACACUACGAGGAGGAGAUGCACCGCUUCAAGGAGGCGCAGGUCAGAGCGCUGGAGGAGUUGGAAGAGAAUCACCAGUCCAUGAGGGAGGAGGCCCAGAAGGAGGACGAGGACGAGAAGAGACUCCUCAUGGCGAAAAUGAGUCAGGAGUUUGAGAUCAAGCGUCUGUCGUUGGAGGAGCAGCGAGAUCGCCUCCAGCAUCAGCUCGACAACUUGAAAGAGGAGCUCUCGGCCAAGCUCAAUAUGGCCAAUCAGGAGGUGUCCCACCUGGAGGAGCUGGCGAGGGAGGGCGAGCAGAACAGGAGCUCGGCUCAGACGCAGAUCAGCUGCCUGAGGGAUACGCAGGAAAAACUCAAGAUCGAACUCGACGCCACUCGAGCCCGCGUCCGAGAGACCAGCAACCUGCUCACCGACCUACAGGAGGAGAUCGAGACCCAGCGGCAGCAGCACGACGCCAGAGUGAUCUCCAUCAGAACCGAAGAGAAACAGAAGAUGGACAAGAUGGCGGACGACUUGGACCAGAAGUGGAGAGAUGCACUGCGGGAGGAGGUGCGUCUGCUGAAGGAGGAGCUGACGGAGGAGUACGAGGCAGACAAACAGGCGGCGCAGACUCGGAUCUCCCAGCAGAAAGAACUGGAGAUGAUGGCGGCAAGAGAGGGCUGGCAGAGGAAGGUGGAAGACCUGCUGGAACAGAUCUCUCUAUUGAAACAGUCUCUGGAGCUGCAGUUGUCCCAGUCCCAGUCAGCCCUCCAGCAGCUGCAGUCUCAGUUCAACCAGGAGAGGGAGCUGCUGAGCCAACGGCUGAAAGAGCUGCAGAGGGAACAUCAGAGGCGAGAGCACCGGCUGCAGGAGGCUCACUGCUGCGCCCUGAGCACCAUGGAGGAGGCCAGGCAGCACCAGAUAAGGGCGCUGGAGGAGCGCCUGAAGCAGGAGCAGAGGGAGGAGGUCCACGCUCUGAAGGAGGCCCACAGGAGGACCUUCGACAUCCUGAGACAGCAGUCGGACCAGGAGCUCCAGACGCUGCGAUUUGAGCUGGAAGAUGAGGGGAAAGCCAAGCUGGCAUCUCUUCGUGCGGAGCUCAACCACCUCCACGCCUCGUCCAUCGAGCACCUGAAGCAGUUCCACCAUAAGGACAGCUCCUCCGUCAAACGAGAUCUCGAGAACGCGAUGGAGCACAGACACCAGCAGGAGCAGGAGCUCUUUGCUCGAAUCUCGGAGCUGCAAGCGGAGCUGUGUUCCCGUAGCAACCGCAUCACCGAUCUGGACCACGAGAUCCACUCUCUGAACGAGACCAUCGACACUCUGACCCGAGAGCUGGAGAUAAAGGGCAAAGAGGUGCUGCGCGUUCGCAGUGAAGCCAACCAUCAGAUAAGGGCCCACGAGCAAGACCUUUCAAAGAGGCACGAGAGGGAUCUGAGGGAGAUGAGUAUGGUCCACCACAGAGAAACACAGAUCCUGCUGGCGGACUUCAAGAAGGCCCAGGAGGUCCUCCGAGACAAGAUCACCGCGCUACAGAUACUGCUGCAGGGGACGGAGGAGAAGCUCCGAAACAGAGAGAGUCGACCAGAAGACCUGCGUGUUAUCGCGGAGCUCCGAGAGAUGGUCACCGAAAGAGAAGGUCUGGUGAAGAAGCUGGUGGACGACAAGAAGUUCUACCAGCUAGAGUUGGUCAACCGAGAGACGGGGUUCAACAAGGUCUUCAAUUCCAGCGCCAACGUCGGUGUGAUCAACCCUCUCAUCAAGCAUUCUUCUCCUACUCCUCCUUCUUCUCCUCAUCCUCCACUUCAUCCCAUGCCAAGCCUUGCUCUUCCUCAUGCUCCUCAUCCUCAGGAAUCCCUGGUGCAGCAUCAGGGCCUACAGAGCUUUAGGAGCCUUCCUGAGGCCAACGCCACGACGCCGUCAGACCCGAGAGUCACGGAGGCGGGAGAAGGCAAAGAGCACGUCGCGAAAGAGGAAGAGCUGUACGCCCAGUACUUCACUUUCUGAACAACAACAACAACAAUCUGUCUAAAAGAAUGAGGUAACGGGACAGAGAGCUAAAGUUGGACAGAAAUCACACCAUCAGUCAUGUGCGGCACGGAGAUGCCAGUGCGAUCGCAACCACGGGGCUUCCGUGCGCGGUGGGUACGGCGCGUGGCGCGGCUCGUCAUCACCACAGUGUGCACCGUAGCAGGAUAUAGAAACGCUUUUAUACCACGUGAAAAAACAAAACGUGACAUUUGUAUGAGCUGUGAAGCGGCGAGGGAUACGUUUGAUCUUUUUCUUCACUUAUGGAUUUGUCAUUUUGAGAAGCGCAGACCCUAAAUUUAAACUCUACAUGUUGGAGAGAAGUGUGGAGGUGUUGAAGAGGUUCCCUUGCAGCUCUUUAAGAGACCGGUGUGCAUUUUACUCUGAAGUUUAAACGUGUGGUUUCCUCACAGGGAUUAGAUCGCAUAUUAAGGAAGAGGAAGAAAAAAUCUAUGUAAUUGCUGCGAUUUACAAUUAAUUUCCCCCCCCAAACUUCCCCCGAGGUUUCUUAAAUUGCAGGAUCACACUGUUGUUCACUGGUAAAAGUUCAUUCUGUAACCUUUUAAGACACAAAAUCAAGAUCCUGUGUUAUUAGUCUCAACAAGAGACAGUUGAAAAGGAUAAAUAUGAUAUGUUACAACUUGGGUGUGACAGUAUUUGUCUUAUCAGUAGUAAUAACAGUGGGAACAUUUCUCAAAAGAAGACACACAAACACCCGGAAUAGUUACACUUAGUCGGAAGAGAACAUAAAGUUAAUAUUUUAAUAAAAGUAACAACAUUACCAUUGUUGUUGAUAUUAAAAGUGAAAAAUAAAAAGAUAGAAACCUCUGAAUAAAGUGGCGCGUUGGCUGAACUGAUUUCAGCUUUUACUUUGGUGUAAAAGUCUUCUGUCAUAACUGAUAGACACGUUGAGCUGAUCUGAAUUAUCCUUCAUGACCAUGAGGUCAUGUUCCCCCUUCUCCUCUCCGGCUCAUACAAAGAUGUCACAAAGCGCGUUGCAGAGACUAUAAAGUGUGACACUAGCAACUGUAUCUGAGGAGGGAAUGUUUUCAGCUACGUAUAAGAUGAGUCUCCUUCUUAAAGAUAUUUCUUUUAAUACAUCAACAUGUGUCUUACAAGCUGUAAUCCGACUGGAAGUGCUUUGAAAGUUGAGCCAGGAGAAGAAAAAAGAAAAGUGAUUUCUGCCUUGAUGCUGGCCUUCAGGUGGCUCAUGCUGUGUCUCCAUGUGUAAAUACACACACGCAUUCAAACGGGUCUUUGAGGAAGAAGACCGAGCCGUUGAUUGUGGUUGUUUUCGACAGAACACGACAACAACGACACCGGCGACACAAAAGAAAGAGGAACUUUAGCUCGCUGUCCCCAGUUGAUCGUGUACAUACGGUUCACGUUCCAAAGCCAUCUUGAAAACCUCUGAGCUCGCCGAGGGGCGGGGGGGCGCGCGUGAUUCGCGGUGGAAGGGAAUCAAGCGCCCGUGGUGGUUUUUUUUUAUUACUCCAGUAUUUCUAAUGUAACGAGCUACUGUUUUUUCUACGGUCUGUUUGUGCCGGUGGACACGAGGCCCGCCCACAGAGAGCUCCGUCAGCGGCGUGCAGGACCUUUCUUCUUUUCUUUCGUUACAAGCGAGGAGCUCACGUCGGUGACGGGGGUCUCUCGGCUGUGGGCCUCGGCCCAUGGGUCAGGCCAUAGAGCAUGUGAAAACAGAAACACCCUCAUAAUGCUGCUGUCACUCACUCGGUUUUUUAUUUUGGGUGCGCCUGUUUUUAUUUAUUUAUUAAUUUAUUUUUACUUGACUCGAAAGUUUACAUAGUUCUUGCGCUGCGUAAUGUACGGUCGCCAUCUGCCUGAGCGCGGCUGUGUUUAUGACUUCUCGAAAAGCGGACGGAGAGAGGGAGAACGGGGAGUUUACUUCCCUGUCAACAACAACAACACAAAUGUAGUUGCAUUACAUCAUGAAGUCGAGGGUCAUCUUCCAUAUCAACUGAUAAUGGUUCAGGAAGUGUUCGUCAUUUUUUAUUGUUUGAGUUCAUGGAUAACGCAGUAUAUCAGAUGUUCCUUAAUAAAAGAAUCCAACCGCAAAUAAUUUAAUAAAUUAUCAAUAAAUACUAAAAAAACGUAUUUAUUUAAUUAUAAAUAAAUUUAUAAAUAUAUAUUUAUUUAUAUAUAUAUAUAUAUAUAUAUAUUUAUAAAUAAAUAUAUAUUUAUAAAUAUAUAUUUAUUUUCCUAGUUAGAAGUACCAGUUUAUAUAUCAAUCUUCUCAUUUAAGAUAAUAUUUUGUCAUAUUUCUCCCAACAAUGCAACGCUUCCUGGAACCAGUUUUAACAUCAACUCAAUCAGACGCGUCUGUAUUUGCGUCACAUGGGAAAGUAUCUCAAUUGCCAAUGCUCUACUUGCGCCAUGAACGCAGCAUGAUGACAUCAAAGCUUCAGUUACGCUGAAUGUCAUCAUGGCUGAUGCAGCAUAUUCAAUGCUUUAUUGUGAAUAUAGGUGAUUAUUUCAACUCUGGGGAUGAAUUUGGUGUGUUUCCACACGAAUAUAGUGAAAUUGUGUAUGUUAUAUACAAUUAAGAGAAUACUACAGAUCCAAAUGUGACAGAAGGGCAAUUACAAAUCCUCCGGCUGCUUCAGCACAACGGACAGCGACAUGGAUUCAUCAACAUCUGACAGGCGGCUGAUGGAGAAACGGGCGUAGCCACAGAUUGUAACCUCAGAUAAAGGAUCAACGAGUCCAGCAGAAGAACGCCACCCUCGAUUUAUUUACUGAAAUCAAUAAAAUCAGACACGUGGAUUGACAAGUUCAAGUAACUUAAAAAGUGUGUUAAAUAGCCUGCAAUAAUUAAUUGUCAUCCUUGUUUACGCCAGUUGAGAAAACAAUCUCACCCACGAGGUCUGUCACAUGGUCUUCCUCAGCGGAGGGAGUCUGAUGAACACGUGUCCACUCCUCCCUCUUCUUCGCACUUUAAGGACUUCUAUUAUAUUGGGUCAUUCUUGAUUUUUGGGAACGGCAGUUGAGAAAACAAUCUUACCCACGAGGUCCGUUUAGCAGAGCUUUCUAAUCAUGAUCUGAUGUGUUGAUGAGGGAACGGCUCCUAAAUGGACUGUGUGGUGAGAUUGUGUAUUAUGAAUGAAUAAACACCGUCAGGAAAUGGAGAACAUUUGGGGUUUUUUACAAAAUUGUUCCCAUUCGUGUCUGUACUGUUUAAAAGUUCAAAUCAUGUUUAUUGUGGCCGCGAGCAGAACUGCAGUCACAUGACCUCCGUCCGGCGUUACUCCGAGGUUCACGAAAGUCUUUUUGCAACCUUUUCAAGAUGAACUGUUUCUCAACACCCGACAGAAGAAAGUUGUGGAAUUAUUAUUGUUUUUAAACCUCAAUGAACCACUGAAAAUGCAGCUCAUUCAAACGCAUAACGUGUCGGUUUAUUUAUUUUUUUUAAAUGUGAAAGUGAUUUGACGUCACUCUUGUUACUUAUCAUUUUAUGAUGUCUGUCUUGCCAUUUUUAAAGUGAAAUAAAUAUAUAUAUAUAUAUAUAUAUAACAAUUAUAGCUAAAAAAAUAUUUAUUUAUAUAAUUUCUGUUGUAUGUUAUGGAACAGUAAAAUUAUGAUUGUGAGAUAAA